AUGGACAGUCAGACGCUUCUGUCAAACGACAUCAUUCUUGCGAAUCGAUCACAAAACAACGUCGCGACCAACGUGAGAAGAAAUCCUUUGAAGAAGAGGGUCAAUUUCCUGACGAAUAUAAAUCUAACGUACACAUCGAACGUCGAAGAAGAUCAAAUCUACGAAACUAAAUACGAUCAACUUACGAAUAUAAAGAAUUCUAAACAAAAAAAAGAUAAUUCAGAAGAUCACAAUAGGAAUCCGUCUAAACCGAAUUGCUGCCGAUUAUUCAAACCGGGUCAGACCAUCAGGCUGCGUUUCCCAUCUAUCUCUCACGUGGUCCACGGAACUGAACAUGGCGGCCUCUACUACCGUCGACGCCGCGGCCCCGAUUGGUUCAGAGUCAGUGCGCGAUGCGUCUCCCGUAUUUCAAAUCGAGGCUCCAGCAACCGUAUAUUGAGAGGACGAUGCGUAUCCUCUCGACGAGGCGUUCGAUGUGACGUCCAACGUUCCUCGGCGUCUAAGGCAAGACAAUUGAAACAGCUGGUACGCGGGCAAGCUUUCGAGAAGGAAUCCAACGUCGCCGCCGCGGAGGAACCAUCACGGAAGCAAAGUGUCGACCCGUUGUCCUCGAGCGUGCAAAUCUCGCGAAAACGGCGUGUAGGCAUCGUGGAGAAUCAGUACGUCGCCGCAAACGACGCCGGUUCGUCGGUAUGCGAGCUGGUGCGUGGCCUCGAACGGUUGCUCGGUGAGGAAGACGAAAGAAUGAAGUCAAACAAGCAACAGGGCAGUGAGGAGAGCAUUGUCGACCCAAUAGAGGAAAACGAAACCUACGACGAAUUCGACACGGUCAGGAUGCCGGUUGUGAGAUCCCUCAGCAAAAGUCCACAGAGCGAUGAGGGUAUCGAGACAGAUUCUGACCGUAGAAGAGGCUCGGUAGCUCGUUGCUGGAGCCUCGAUUCGGCCGCAGCCAGUGACGAGGAUACGUCGUUGGCCACGCAACAACAGAGGCGGCACAAACUACGGGUCACUAGAUGUUGUAGCUCCGACAGCGCGGUGCUAAGCGACGAGGAUCAAAUAAAAGGAUGGGACAGCUCAACCAUGGUGGAAGGCAGUGAAGUUGAGCACAAUGAGGGAAGACCAAGAUAUUGGAGAACACCAAGUGUGGUGAUCAGUGAUUAUUCAGAUUACUCUUACUUAGAUGAGAAGCUUGAAAGGAGUGAUCUGGAUCUUGAGAAGUAUGAGGGAACUAGUGGAACUCCCAGCCAAGCAAGUAGCUGCUCUUGCUUGGACUGUGAUGAAAUACGUGAAUCUCUGGAUAGUCAGUCCCUACAGGUGUGUCGUAGUAGACGAUACUCAGACUCUUGCUGCAUAUGUCUUGAUUCUAUGAAUGCCACUACUAUAAGAAACUUCAAUGAGCCUGGAAACAGAAGAAAUUCUUGUCUGGACUCUGCUGAUACCUACUACUCUAAGCUCAAUACGCAAUUCACACAGUACACUCCAGAAAGUUCAUCAGAACUUCAAGAGAAGACCAAGGUAGAUUUUUUGGACAUUCCACCAGCAAGAAAAAUCUCAGACUGCUCGACCACGUCUAGUCUUAGCGGGGACGAGUCUGAUGUUACGGAACUACAUCAAGUGAAAUCUUCCAAGUCGUCGGGGUGGAGGAAACUCAGGAAUAUUGUACACUGGACGCCAUUCUUCCAGACGUACAAAAAACAAAGGUACCCAUGGGUGCAACUAGCGGGUCAUCAAGGAAAUUUCAGAGCAGGACCUACUCCAGGGACGAUUCUAAAAAAACUCUGUCCCCAGGAGGAAGCCUGCUUUCGCCUGCUGAUGAAUGAUGUCUUGAGGCCGUACGUGCCAGAAUUUAAAGGUGUUUUAGAUAUAAAGGAAACGGAAGAAGGAAAUACCGAAGAGACUGAUACAGGGGAGACUGUUCAAAAAGAUGGGUCUAGUGACGUAGGCAAGAGAACAGUGGUAUCCUCUUACUUACAGCUGCAAGAUCUUCUUGGAGAUUUCGAACAUCCAUGCGUGAUGGACUGCAAAGUUGGAGUCAGGACAUAUCUUGAGUCGGAGCUAGCGAAAGCUAAGGAAAGACCUAAGUUGCGAAAAGACAUGUACGAAAAAAUGGUGCAAGUGGACCCAACAGCACCAAGCACCGAGGAACGUCGUGUGCAAGGCGUCACAAAGCCAAGGUACAUGGUUUGGCGUGAAACAAUUUCUAGUACAGCUACGCUAGGUUUUCGUGUAGAGGGCAUUAAACUUGCCCAUGGAGGCUCUUCAAAAGACUUCAAAACGACGAGGACUCGAGAGCAGGUUACGGAAGCAUUGAGACGUUUCGUGGAAAGCUAUCCUCAUGCAGUGUCCAAGUAUAUUCAACGUCUGAAGGCCAUCAAGACUACAUUAAAGGCUUCGCCGUUCUUUGCUUCGCAUGAAGUCGUUGGAUCCAGUUUAUUAUUUGUUCAUGACGCAAAGAAUGCUGGCAUUUGGAUGAUUGACUUCGCGAAAACAUUACCUCUGCCACAACAUCUGCCAAGAAUUUGUCAUGAUGCAGAAUGGCAAGUAGGAAACCAUGAGGAUGGAUACUUGAUAGGUGUGAACAAUUUAAUAGACAUAUUCCAAGAUAUACGGAAUUCAGAAGGGACAUAAUUACGCAGUAUCCUAUUCAAAGAACACAUUGACGGUACAAUGAAGAGGAUAUCGAAUGAAUCGACAGUAAUGCUCGCAAUUUUCGUAAAUGUGAAUGCACCUCUCGCGUGUAUGAGUCUGUUUUCAUUCUUUAUUUUUUCAUUUAUCCUGCGACGCCAUACUGUGAAACUUUGUACAUAUAUGGAUGAAGAUGUCUUCUUAACGAUAUCCUCUGUCACAAGAAACAGACCAAAGACGCGGUGGCUAAUCUAGCUGCCUAGGUAUUUCAUAGUAAAAUAACUUCCUACAAACGUAGAGACGCGCAAAGAGAAUCUGUAAAAAAAUAAUUUAACUAUUUUACCCAUACGUAAUAAGGUUUAUUUAUACGUUACAUGCGACGCUGUAAGAAUCUUCUUGAUACAAGAGAACGAAGAGACGGUGUUUUUUGUAUUUAAAAUCGUACCAUGCAUUUGUAAAUAAUUCGACACUUAAUAUAAAACAGCAUCAUGACCAUGUGUUCUUAUUUUAGUCAAGUGUCCCCCAAUGAUUUCGAUUACCGUGUUACCAUAUGAACUAACGAUUUCUUUUUGUUCCUCAGUUUCAGUAAAAUAACCUAAAUAUAUAGUACACAAAACGUAACGUAAUCCCUUCAUACGAGCUUACUAAUUUUUAUUACGUUUUCUUUCUUUGUUUUUUUUUUUUAUACAUAUAAAUCAAGUGUUCCUCGCCUAAUUCCAAAACUAUAGAGAGAUUAAAAUAAAUCGAGAAUGAGAGUAAAUGAAAAGAAAAAGUGACAUCAAUUAUUCUGU